CGCGACGCACAAAAAAUGCAAAAUGCCCCCCUCCCGUGGGCAAAACUAUUUCCAGCACAGCUCCUCCAUACUUGUGAGAUAGAUACUGGCCACGGCCGCGCGAGACCAGGCCGAAUGGUAUGUUGUACGCCAAACAGCCCAGGGGGGCUUCACCGGGAACCCAAUUGACCAAUCGCGAGUCGAAACCAACAGCCCAAGCCGAAACCAAAGCCAAAAGUCAAGCUCGCGUGGUUUUGGACGUGUUGCUGUUGUGCGAUGCCAGACAUGUCGCUACGCACCGAGUACUGCGUCCACUGCGUCCACGUCCGUUGCAACAAUUGCCGGGCAGAGAAGAAGGCUGUCAGAUAGCCAGGUGCCUCAGAGACGCCGUGGUCCUCGCCAGGGAAGACAUGAAGAGAAGACAUGAUCGACAGGGUUGUGCUCGGAGAAGCUUGUUGACGAAAGCCUCGAGAACGGCCUGUGCAGCAGUCCCGAGCACUGCUUACGACCAGAGUUGGCGAGGUGUCUUUCGGGCCUUAGCUACCAGCACAGAAUAUUGGGCACGUUUGGGAGUGGGGGUUGAGGGGUUCAGGCACUUGAGCUUUGGGGGGUUCGGAAGGUACGGGAAACAAAAUAAAAAGGCGGCCAGGGGUAAGAGGCAUUCUGCCGAAGAAGCAGCUUUCGAGAAAAAGAAUCCGAUAAAGGAAAUGACGAGUCUGACGCAAAAGGAUCCCGUCCAUUGGCAAGAUGCCUUACUGGCUAAAGGGCCCCAAGUCCUAGCUGCCGGUGGUAAAGCUGCACUGUGUCGAUUGAUCAACAGACUGGGGAGAGGUGCUGGACCGGUGUGGCCUGGAUAUUCAGGAUGCCAAGCUGUGAUUCACAAGCCCCUGAUCAACGCCUGGUUUCUUUGGCCAGGGCGCGUUCGGCGAUCAUGCUGUGCCACCAGUCUUUGGCAGUGUCGGCGUAUCGCCAAAAGAGCCAGAUCACAAUCUCGGCCACGCACACAGCCCCAACAAGAAUGCUGGGGCUUGGAUCGAUGGGAAUGUACCCUACUUGGGUGCUCAGAAGGCUGGAUAUGAGAGCGAUAGGUGAGAUAGCCUGAUGCCCAAGAUGACAAGGUCAGCUCAAGAAUUCAUGGAUGGCCGCCACAUCCCAGGAUCAAGACUCACAAGUGCAAUAAUGGUUGCAUGCUCCAUCUUUCUCGCCGUGUUGUACUGGUACGUGGUGAGGUCAUGCUCGAGAGCCUUUUGUGCAUCCUUCACGCGAUUGUCCAGUCGAGCUCGCAUCUUGAUCAAUCUCUCCACCAGACGAUCAAGUCUCCGCUUCAGGUCAGCCAUUUCAGCUGCUCGGGCGUUCCGAAUGUUAUGCCUUUCGCGAGAGUUGCCACGUCCAGACUUGCCAUCGCAAAACAUCUCGCGAAUGAUGGGAUCAGACAAGCUCAACUGU